UAGACUCAAAAGCUUCUCAAUACAAAAGAAAAACUCAAAUAGAAUAUAAUCUUUUGAGUUUCAAACCGUCAAGAUUGAACAAUCGUUACAAACAGAUUGGAGGAGAGCCUACCUAUGAAAAACACAACAAACAUGUCGGAAAAGCCAUCUCAAGACCAGAUCUUGAUUCUGAAUCACAAGAUUAUAAUUCCAAAACACAUUUUAUCUAUAUGAAAAAGUUUGUAGAUGCUUUCUUCAUGUUUUGCAAUCCUUACAGCGUUAUUGGUCGAACAUUUAGCACAGUUUCUGCAUCUCUCUUGGUAGUGGAGAAGCUAUCAGACAUAUCUCCAUUAUUUUUUAUUGGGGUGUUACAGGCUAUGGUACCUCUCUUGUUUAUGGAUAUUUACGUUAAUGGUGUGAACCAAUUAUCUGACCUUGAAAUAGACAAGAUAAACAAACCCUAUCUUCCAUUGGCUUCUGGGCAAAUAUCCUUCACAACUGGUGCCAUUAUUAGUUUUGGGCUUGCUUGGACUAUAGGUUCUUGGCCAUUGAUUUCGAGUGUUGUAUCAUGCUUUCUUCUUUGGACAGCUUAUUCGAUCAAUGGUCCUCUGUUGAGAUGGAAAAGACAUCCACUGCUUGCGGCAACAUGCGUUUGGGCUACUUGGGCAGUCAUAUUUCCAAUUACAUUUUCCGCUCACAUGCAGACCUUUGUGUUGAAGAGGGCUACUAUCUUUCCAAGACCACUGAUUUUUGUUAUUGUAUUCAUGAGCUUCUACUCUUUAGGUAUUGCAUUGUUCAAGGAUGUACCUGAUAUCGACGGAGAUCAAGCAUAUGGUAUCCAAUCUUUUGCAGCACGUUUCGGUCAAAAACGGGUAUUCUGGAUUUGUGUUUGCCUUUUUGAAAUGGCUUUCGGAAUUGCCCUCAUGGCGGGACUAACAUCUUCUAGUCUUCUGGUUAAAAUUGUCACGGUAAUAUGCUUCUUACAUAUAUAAGUUUGAAUUCUACAGCUGUGUGGAUUGUUACACACUUGCAU